AUCCACAACGGCAGUAUAGACGAUAGGGAGGAGAUUGAAAGCGCAUACCGGUUUAUCAACUUUUGCAAAUUUUAACGGCUGCGCCUAGCUCAGGACAAUCUUUACAAGCACAUUUACCACAUAAAUGUCUAGCACACUUCAAGUGCCUGCUGGUCCAGAGCAGCCCUCAACAUCGUCGCCUAGCUCUACGGCCCCUACAGCAAGCGGCCGACGACGUGUGGAAUACUAUAAAGAGGAGAGCUUUCAAAGCAUUGACCUGACGCGUACUGUGCACCUUGGCUGGGGAGCCCUGGGAGGGUCUGCUCUCAUCCUGUUUUGCAUGGGCAUGUCCGCUGCAACGCAAGCGAGGAGCUGGAACGUGAGCUUCAGGUGGUUGCAACGGCGAGUCGGAGCACAGUUUGGUACUAUGUCGUACAUCAUAACGUCCAACUUGUUGUACUACCACGACGGUGAUAAGUGGGUGACUCGUGACUGGGCCUCCAUCAUGGAACGUUGGACGAGCAAGCGCAAGGGAGCCCGGACAGUGCAACCUGCAUAAGAACUCAUCUGGCUAUUUCGACGAAUUUGUUGGAUCUCGAGAUCCACACGGAGAUAGAUGAAUAGGGCGAGCGGGAGGGAGGGGUAUAGAAAACGAGCGGAGAUUAAAGACAAAACAGCGGUU